UGCGUCAGAUUGCUGCUCACUCGAAAUCAAACGCGAGAUAAGACAACAACCAGCAGCGCCGACUCCCUGCUCAGGACCUGCUUUGACCACUCGUACUGCUUACUUGAACUGCUCUACUGCUACUACUGAGCAUAGCUGCUACUAGCAUGAGGCAUGUCCUCACAUCCAACAUACUGCCAUCUGCUCCCAUCACCGCACGGCUCGCUUCUUCCGCAUCCUUAGCGCAUCGUCGCACCCGAUCCACACGCUUACUAGGCGCUGCCGUCUUUUCUGCCGGUGCAGCUUCCUUCUACCUCUUGGCUAGUCCUGUUUUGCUUGAAAGCCCAACGACAGACAAUCGAGCAUACAGCAUUAAACGAACCGAUACCGCUGAACAUCCACGAAAUUACCGUAUGGCUGUCUCAACACCCGAACAAGCAAGCAAGAUGUUACGUGCCAAUGAGACUUGCAAAAAAGGCAUUGCAGGCUCUGGUAUCAGUAGUAUCAGUUUCAAUCAAGUCGCUUCAAAUAGUCCGAUUGAAGAUGAUCAUGUAGAAGUGCAAACACAACACGGGUGGAGUUUGUUUGGCAUCUUUGACGGGCAUAGCGGAUGGACGACGUCUGAUCGACUUAAACGAGAACUUGCGCCGAGUAUCAUCCAGACGAUUGACAGCACACCCAACGCACCAGCAGAAGCCAUCUCAAAGGCAUUUGUUGCACUUGAUCAGGAAAUUGUCUAUGCAACUGCAGAGCAGCUGUUGAAGCAACUCGACAUGCCACGACCGAAAGCUGUGGAGCAGCUUAUGCCUGCCUUGAGCGGCAGUUGUGCCUUAUUGGCCUCCUAUGAUGCAAGUUGUCGAGCACUCUAUGUCGCAGUGACGGGUGACUCACGUGCGAUACUAGGAACACGGCAAGCAAACGGAGCUUAUAGCGUCAAAGCCCUCAGUAUUGAUCAAACGGGCAGUACACCAAGUGAGCAAGAACGACUUCGUCGUGAACACCCACAGGAAAUAGACACGGUUGUUCGAAAUGGUCGUAUUCUGGGUGGUCUUGAGCCGAGUCGGGCAUUUGGCGAUGCACGGUAUAAAUGGUCAGCAGACGUUCAAACGAAACUAGCGGCACAGUUCUUUGGAAGACGUGCACCGGCGAAUCUCAAAUCACCGCCGUAUGUCACUGCAAAACCCGAAGUGACGCAGACAAUCAUCGAGACGGAGGCGUUCUUGGUGUUGGGGUCAGAUGGGUUGUAUGAGAUGUUGUCGAAUGCGGAGAUUUGCGAGCUCGUUGCUGGUUGGCAGACUCGUCAGGGUGCCGCUGCCACUGGCCCUACAGCGACAAAGUCUUCAUGGGUCCCUUCCUUCUUGCAAGCGCAAAAGACACCUGCCCCACAAGUAAUUGAUCUUGACAAGCAAAAUGCAGCGUUGGCUGCUGGUCAAAAGACACCUGGAGCGAGUAAGCAGGUCAAGAAGCAAUUCGUGUAUGAGGAUACGAAUGUCGCGACACACAUCAUUAGGAAUGCUCUGGGCGCAGGCAACGAAGACAUGCUUUGGGGAUUGUUGUCCCUGCCGUACCCGCUGUCUCGAUCAUAUCGGGACGACAUUAGCGUAACGGUCGUCUUCUUUGACGGAGACGCUUCAUCAACAGAGCCGAUCAAGGCGAAGCUAUAAUCGAAUCGUUGUACAGACUUGGCAAAACAAUCCGUUGGCUAUAUACGGCUUUUCCCGAAGGAAAAAUCAGAGCAAAGCUCGAAGGAAACGUAUGAAAAGAAGAAAGAUGCGACUAGACACUGCAUUUCAUGCAGAUGUCGAGACCCUUUAGACAAAGCUCACCAAAAUUAUUGCCGCGCCUGCUUCGCUUGUUCUUCAGCGGCAAUCGCUUUGGCUGCCGUACUUUGCGAUGGCACACUAUCCUCAUUCAAUAAUGAGCUCUCCUUGACCGGGCUGCUACUUCCCGGACCUGUAAAUGCACCUGUACCAGGCGGCAUAUGUUGCUGUGACGCAUGUGGCGAGUGUGGGAUUGUCUCUGGUGAUGGGAAUUGACUGCCGACAUGGGUGAUGCCAGCGUCAGAAGCCUUGCCGGCUUGUGAGAGG